AUCAUUUAUUUUUUGUCAAUGGCUAUCAACAACUCAUCAGAGAAUAGUCUUCAGCUCAAUGAAGUAAUUGUAGCCAUGGUUCCAUGGCCUGAACAUGGCCAUCUCAACCCAUUAUUUCUCCUUUCUCGCUUCAUUGCUUCACACAACAUUCCUGUACACUUCCUCUGCCUAACUGCCCGAAACCACGAUUUGAAGAAACGCCUUCAAGGUGUUCGACGAAAUGCCACGGAUGAAAAUUUGCAUUUCUGUGACCUCUCAGUACCUAAAACUGAGGCAGAAAGUGAUAAAGAUUUGUUGUUGGAAAAUCUAGGGAAGUCUAUUUGUGAAAAAUGUCAUUUACUCUCGAAAAAUACUAAAAGAUUGGUCAUCAUUCAUGAUUGUUUGAUGAUAACUUAUAUUAGGGAUUUGCAUUCAAUACCCAACAUUAACUGUUAUUCUUUCCACUCCAUUUCAUCCUUCGUUAGGUAUUCGACUUUCAGACAAGUUCUUCAUACAGUUGAUGAAGAUCAAGACAAGUUGAUUCAGGAACUAGGCGAUGAGUUUCCAACGGUGGAGAGCACUUUUGGGCCACAUCUGGAGGAGUAUAUACAAGAAGAACGUGAAUGGAAGCUAAAUUCAGGAGUUGUCAUGAACUCCUUCAGAGAAUUGGAAGGCAAGUAUCUUGAUUCACUUGCCAUUCAUGCAGAAGAUAAUACGCCAGUGUGGUGUCUUGGUCCAUUUCACAUGCUGCUCGAAUCAUCAGUUGAUUUGUUGAAUAGGAGUGCUCAACAUGUGUCCCUGGAAUUUCUCGACAAGCAAGAUGCUAACUCUGUAAUAUUCGUGUCAUUUGGGACAACCACUACAUUGUCACAAGAGCAAGUCAAUGAGUUCGCGCUUGGUUUAGAACAGAGCAGCCAUAAAUUUAUAUGGGUAGUAAGAGAUGCAGAUGAUGAAAGGUUGGACACGGAGAAUAAUUCCGAGGGGAAAGAUGGGAAGGUUGUAUUGCCAGAAGGAUUUGAAGAAAGAGUGGAAGGAAGAGGAAUGGUGGUGAGAAAUUGGGCGCCUCAAUUGGAAAUCUUGGGACAUCCGUCAACAGGUGGGUUUAUGAGUCACUGUGGAUGGAAUUCUUGUAUGGAAAGUAUUAGCAUGGGAGUUCCCAUAGCAUCUUGGCCUAUCCAUGUUGACCAGCCUUAUAACACGGUGUUCAUAACGAACGUGUUGAAGAUUGGAAUCUCUGUGUGGAAAUGGAGUCGCAGAGAGGAAAUAGUACCAGCUGCAGCAAUUGAGAAAGCUGUCAAGACGUUGAUGGGUACACCAGAAGGAGAAGAGAUGAGGCAGAGAGCGGUGGAGUUGAGUAAUAAGAUCAAGAACUCUGUUAGCCAUGGAGGACUUGCACGCAAGGAGAUGGAAUCUUUCAUAUCUAAUAUUACCGAUAACUAAAUUCCAUUGCGAAUCUCAAAAUGUUAUGUUGUAUUUGGCUUUGUUAAAUUUCUCAUAUUCGAUUAUGUAAACUUUGGGAAUAAGAUCUUUGUUUAAUCUUCA